UCUUUUUUUGUUUUUUCUUUCAAGACAAACUGUUCACGAUGUCAAUCAAAAAGGAAGGUGCCCACAAGAAGUGGGCUGCCCUGAAGGAGAAACUUGGACCCCAGGAGACCGACCAGUCAGAGGCCAACCUGGAAAAUGCAGAGCCGGAGCUAUGCAUCCGUCUCCUGCAAAUGCCAUCGGUAGUGAACUACUCUGGGCUGAAGAAGCGGCUGGAGAACAGCGAUGAUGCAUGGAUGGUCCAAUUCCUGGAGCUGUGCGGGCUGGACCUCCUCCUGGAGGCCCUGGACAGGUUGUCUGGGCGAGGAGUGGCCAGGAUUUCUGAUGCCUUGCUUCAGCUCACCUGCAUUAACUGUGUGCGAGCCGUCAUGAACUCCCACAAAGGCAUUGAAUACAUUGUGAGCAACGAGGGCUACGUCAGAAAACUCUUCCAAGCACUUGACACAACUAAUGUCAUGGUCAAAAAGCAAGUCUUUGAGCUCCUGGCUGCACUGUGCAUUUACUCAUCAGAUGGCCACGCUUUGGCUUUGGAUGCUCUGGACCAUUACAAGAGUGUGAAGAACCAGCAGUAUCGAUUCAGCGUCAUAAUGAAUGAGCUCUCCAAUACAGAUAAUGUGCCAUACAUGGUGACACUGCUGAGUGCUAUCAAUGCCAUCAUACUGGGGAAAGAAGAGCUAAGAACAAGGACACAGAUCAGGAAUGAGUUCAUAGGGCUUCAGCUAUUGGAUGUUUUAGACAAGCUAAGAGACAUAGAGGAGGAGGAUCUUCUUAUCCAGUGUGAUACAUUUGAGGAGUUCAAGAUAGAAGAUGAUGAGGAAUUGUUAAAGAUAUGUGAUGGGAUAAACAUGAAUGAUCAUCAUGAGGUCUUUUCAUCUCUCUUCAAUAAAGUGAGCCGCUCUCCGGUCUCCAUCCAGCUGCUGUCCAUCCUUCAGAGCCUGCUGCACUUGGAACCAUCUCAUCAGUCCAGCCUCCUGCUGUGGGAGUCCUUGGACGCGGUAGUGAACAGAGCCCUUUUGCUCGCAAAUGACAUCCAAGGAAACACAGUUGAAGAAGUCAUUGAGAGGCUGCUAUCUAUCAAGAAACAUCCAAACAAGCAAAAGCGAGCUGAAAACCGGCUGUCCGGGAGUGCGAAUGAAGGUGUCCAGGCUGAGCGAGAACCAUGUGCACGUGCAGCUCGGAGCCCAGCGGGAUCAUCAAACCCCUCCAACACACCAGCACCUCCCUCAGGGCCACCCGCCAAUGAAAAGAAGAUCUCAUCCUCCCAGCUCACAGCCUGCUCUGCUUCGCCAGAGACAUCUAACCCUCCGCCCAACACUGCUCCUGCCCCAGCACCCCCGCCUCCACCACCUCCACCCCCACCCUCUGGCACAGCAGCGGUGACCCCCGCGUCCACAUCCCCCAUGAUGAAUGCACCUCCAGCCCCUCCACUCCUUGGCGUCCCUCCACCCCCACCCCCAUUGCCUGGCAUGGGGGGCAUCCCUCCCCCUCCACCCCUGUUGCCCAGCAUGGUGGGUAUCCCUCCCCCUCCCCCUCCAUUGCCUGGCAUGGGUGGCAUCCCUCCCCCUCCACCACCAUUGCCUGGCAUGGGUGGCAUCCCUCCACCCCCACCCCCAUUGCCUGGCAUGGGGGGCAUCCCACCCCCUCCACCCCCAUUGCCUGGCAUGGGUGGCAUCCCUCCACCCCCACCCCCAUUGCCUGGCAUGGGGGGCAUCCCUCCCCCUCCACCCCCAUUGCCUGGCAUGGGUGGCAUCCCUCCCCCUCCCCCUCUAAUGCCUGGCACGGCAGGAGAUUAUAUAGAAGCCGUGGUGGCCUCCCAGUUCAGCUGCCCUCUUGGCUCGGGCAGGCCUCCCCCCAAGACAGUGAAGACGCCAACACUGAGAAUGAAGAAGCUGAACUGGCAGAAGCUGCCCUCCAACGUGGUGAGAGAAAGUCACUCAAUGUGGGCUUCAGUGAGCAGCAGCAGCGAGGAAACUAUAGAGCCCAAUUACACAAGCAUAGAGCAGCUGUUUUGCUUUCCACAACCAACCCCCAAGGAGAAAACGGCCGCACCAGUGAAGGCAGAACCAAAGGAGAUCACAUUUUUGGACUCCAAGAAAAGUCUCAAUUUGAACAUAUUUUUGAAGCAAUUUAAAUGCUCCAACGAAGAGGUGGCUGCCAUGGUCCAGAAUGGGGACCGGGCCAAGUUCGACGUUGAGGUUCUGAAGCAGUUGCUGAAGCUGCUGCCUGAAAAGCAUGAGAUAGAAAACCUGAAGGCCUUCAAAGAAGAGAAAUCAAAGCUAGCAAAUGCAGAUCAGUUUUAUCUUCUCCUCCUUCAGAUUCCCAGCUACCAGCUGCGCAUUGAAUGUAUGCUGAUCUGCGAAGAGACCACCGUUGUGCUGGACAUGAUUCAGCCGAAAGCUGAAACCAUCCAGAGAGCCUGCGAAGAUCUUCUGAACAGUCAUCGCCUGCCGCUCUUUUGUCAACUGAUUCUCAAAGUUGGAAACUUUCUGAACUAUGGAAGUCACACGGGCAACGCCGAUGGGUUUAAAAUCAGCACUUUACUCAAACUAACAGAAACCAAAGCAAACCAAACCCGCAUUACGCUGCUUCACCAUAUUCUGGAGGAAGUAGAAAACAGCCACACGGACCUACUGGAACUGCCAAAGGAUCUUGAAUAUGUUUCAAAAGCAGCAGGAAUUAAUCUUGAUAUUAUACGCACGGAGUCCAGUACCAAUUUAAAGAAGUUGCUGGAGCUUCAGAAAAAAGUCUUAUCAUCAAAUGACAAUGUGAAACAACAAUACGAGAAACCUAUCCAGGAUAGCAUUGAUGCCUCCAGAAAGCUGGAAGAAGAAUUUGAAAACAUUGAAAGGAAGAGAGAAGAACUUGCAAAUUAUCUCUGUGAAGACCCAAGCAAGUUGUCCUUAGAGGACAUAUUUAGCACCAUGAAGACCUUCAGAGAUCUCUUCAUCCGAGCCCUGAAGGAAAACAAGGACAGAAAGGAGCAAGCUGCCAAAGCAGAGAAGAGGAAGAAACAGCUGGAAGAGGAAGAGGGGAAGAGACAGAAGGGAGAAAAUGGAAAAGUCAUUAAGAAGGGGGUGGUGAAGCAGGAGGAGGUGUGCGUCAUCGAUGCGCUGCUGGCCGACAUAAGGAAAGGGUUCACGCUGAGAAAGACAAAGAACAGACACGAGUCGGAUGCAAUUCCUAAAACCUUGCCUGCGGAGAAUCCAGAGGACAGCCAGUCUGGAAAAAGCUUUAAGGAUCCACAAGCAGCAGGAAAGCAGAUCAAUAAUAAGACCAAGCAAAAUGACGACGGACGUCCCUCAGAAAGCAUUCCCCUCUCAACCACCGCCCCAGUGGAGACAGGUGGAGAUGUUACAAAUGCCUCGGCUUCAAACCAGGCAUUAUCUAAAAACAAUGCUGGAGGAAAUUUGCCACCAGAGUCACGGACGGAAAGCCCCUUGGUAAGCUUGGUGGAGGCUGACGGGGCCAGUCAGCCCAUGCCAGGUGCCGGGAUGAAGCAGGCAGACAGCUGGGUGAGCCUCCAGCCAAGCACAAAGAGCGGCUCCAUUGCCUUCUCUACUGCUAACUUAGGCUCGGGGAUAAGGUUUGUGAGCAGCAGUUCAGGCACUGCUCCAAUAGACCAAGUCAAUGGGUCCAUCUUGGAAGGCCAGGAGAAGGAAUGCCCAGAUGUCUCAGAGAGCUACAGUCUGAUGCAGGAGCCAGAAACCCGUCUGAGCGAGACCAGAAUCGACCCUGGCAGCGUUCAGUCCGCUCCCUGCGAUGAGGCUCAUCGGGCAGAGUCGAAAGAGAUGGUGAAGGAAAAUGAAGACCCUGGUACAGACUCACUGUUGGACACCUCUCAAGAGAAGUCCUUCUCGGAGGAGCCAGCCACCGACUCUUCUUGUUCGGCAACCCUCCCCCCAGGACAAACUCACACCGACAGGGAAAAGCAGAGGCCAUCUGGGAAACGGAGGAAGAAGAAGAGACACAGCAAAAGCUACUCAGAGGUUGAGACUGAUACUGGAGAUAAUAAAACAAAAAAAGUUUGUGUGACACAAUGAGGUGUCAUGGCAAGGCAGAAGAAAUAAUAGAGACCCAGCGAACCGCUCACACGUCCCUGGAGUGCUGCCAGCUUCCCAGGAGCCAGGUUCUGCAUCGCUGAAACGCCACUGUGGUCACCUCUGCCCCACCAGGACACACCGCUUCCCAUCGAACAGCCUUUCACUUCCCUCCGCAAGACCCAAAGAGCCCCCCCGAGACUUUGGCACCCUCGGCCUGUGCCGGGUGCCUGUGGGGACGGGGGACAAUUCUGUGCAUGGCAGCGUGAAAGGGUCAGAUCCCUCGCCCCCUAUCCUGGAAGCCAAGUCUUUCAACCUGCUCUUAGGCCAAACUCCUCUUGAAACGACAGCUGAGUGUGGCCCAAGAAAGGACUGCAGCGUUUAGCCCUCAGAGAAAUUUUUAAAAUAUCAGUGCCUAAGUAAAUUAAGGGUAUAAAUUAAGCAGUGGCUGGACCAUCACCUGUGGAAGCGUGUUACUCCCUCUUCUCGUUGCCCACUGAUGAUUUAUAUUCGACCAGGUCCACGACCCAGAUCAGACAAAUGUAUUUUUACUCUCAAUCAUUUUAAGCAAGGGAAAUCGGUUACAGGGGAAAAAAAAAAAAGGUUUUUUUUUAAAAAAAGUAUGCAUUUUAGCAAACAUAUGGCCAUAUAAACAGUGUCUGGUUCCUAUGUGACGCUUACGUGCAAUAAAGUUGAAGCUCAUCAGUAGUGUUGCAGUAGUCUUCUCACAUGCACAGAUGCGUCCAUCAAGUUUUGGAGAACCAGGGCCCCAGUUUCUGUUAUUAAAGCACCAGAAAGAGGUUUUCCAGAGUGCUCUAUUGGACACAUUUUCAGCUCAUCCUUCAGUACAUCUCUGGGUCUGGAUGCCUUUGUCAGCCGCUUGCACUCAGAAGUCUUUGUGUUCAAGCUGCAGAAGGUGUAGAUUGAUGUUACUUUUGCUUUAAAACUGGGAAUGUGCAGUAUUGUGUUUUAAAAAUUCAGAGCUUUAUUUCUCAAGUUUUGUAAUAACACUGUAUCAUAGUUUUGUACAUAGCUGUCUGUUUAAAAUGAUCUAUGUUUGUUGAAUCUACGGUGUGAUACUGUGCUGAAACGUGAAUCAAGUGGAAGAGCUGGGUACGUUCAAGAACUAUGCCUUUAUAUGGUAACUCACUGUGGCUGGACUAAUGUUCAGGCUAAAGCUUAUUCUGCUUUGCUUACUAGGAUUUGUAAUGUCCUUGUAAUACUGAAAACUUUGCUGGACUAAGUUAGAAGUUACACCAAGAAUUAAACCACUGGUUUAUUUUAACCAAAGCAUUGCUAUGAGCAUACUGAGAAUCGGUUACCAAAAGCAAAGAUCAGCUGAGAGCAGCCGCAUGGGCAGCUUCAGUCAGGACACCCCGCAGAGCAGCACAGCCCCGUUUCCUGCAGAACCACCUAACCCAUCCCAGGUUUGACUUGCAGAUCUGUCCCUAUCACAUUUACAGGUUUCCCCCUUUUUUCCCCGCCUCUUUUUCCAGUCUCAGAGCACAUCACCUGAGCAUCAGUCCUUUUUCUCUUGAGUUCAGCUUCUCUGCUUGCAGAUUAGACCCCAAGCUACAAAAAUCUGAGUAUCAAAACACGUUUUCCCAGCAGCUUUGCAACCUCCAUGUUUCCAGCAAGAGCCUGCAGCCCGGGCUUGCAGUGAGCAGCCAGCCUUUUCCUCCCCACCCCAGCGUUUUAUCAAUAGAAACAACAUCGUUCGGAGAUUCAGGAUGCAGGAACAAACAGGCUUUCUGGAUGUUACCUAGGGAACUUUACCUGCUGAUGCUCCGUAGGCUGCUCUCUUCAGAUGCUGCAGCAGGCGUCCACUUCUCCGUCUGGGUCUUUCAGCUACCCCCAUUUCCACCUAGAGAGAGCAGCUCUUUUCACACAGCCGUAGGUUUUAUUGCCUUUGCCUUGGCCUUCAAAAGGAGAGCCUUUCGCAUUUUCUUUCCGCUGCCCUCAAGAGUUUACGGAGAAAAGGGUUAUUUUGAACCACUGCUGGUUCUUUGUUCCAUAGUCAUCUGUGGAAACUAUAUUAAAUUAUCCAUACAAUCGUGUCUCAAUAAGCAAGCUGAAGCAGACCAUUUAUAAUUUAUUACUCUAGAGCAGCUCUGCUUCCAUUACAGUGAUUAUUUAAGAAGAACCAAGGGGACAGAAUCAGAGCAGGUCAAAGAAGGAUGUUCACCUGGGAUUUGCAGUUUUGCUCCAUUUGUGAUCUUGAAACAAAGCUCGUGAUAUUGAAGAUUUUUCAGCGGUUGCAAGGCCAAAUUAAUUGCUGGUAAAAACGACGUCACUUGCAGCUACUUCAACAGGUUUGUGAUCAUUUAAGCCAACAGUGAUUUUGGACCUCAAAAAAAAAAUUCUUGUGAUCUAUUACAGCAACUGCACAUGGAGUCCAGUAUGUAAACUGGGCUGUGAACACCGCAAGUUUCUAACUGCCAAAUAAUUGCAUAUUCCUUAAGUAAUCAUUGGCUAUAUGAUAAAAUGAAGCUUUGGAAGAAAUCAGCAGCAGUCUUUUCCAAGUAUUUCGCAUCAGAAUUCAGAUAUGUUUAAUGGGAUGAAUUUUCAGUGUCUGUCUUUUUGGGGUUUUUUGUUUGUUUUUUUUUUUUAUUUCAAUACUGAAAAUAUUUCAAAGUUUAGAAUAAAAUAAGUACUUGACAAGUUUCCUUUCUCUUGUGGGGAUGGGGAAGACUUAUGAUUCACCAGAAUUUGUCCAUCAAAGUCCUAUAUUUUCCACAUAGUUUAUAAAGCACAUAAGCAUAUAAUUGUUGGAUAUGCUUAGUAAUAAUUACCCAUUGUUUUCUCUCAAAGAAACAGAGAAGUAUAAAGGGAGCUAUAUCUAGUACAUGAGGACCACCACAGUGUUGUACUCUACUUAGAGCAUGGCUGAAAUUCCUGUGUCCAAAGUUAUGCCAAUAUCUUUCAGUUUGAGUGUACUGUUUAGUCCCUUCCUACACUCAGCAGAGCAGAGGGGGACGAGAAAUACCUUCUGGUUAGAAAGAGAGAGGAUAAAUUGAAAUAAAAGAAAAAUGCAUGAGCCCGCUUCAGCAAAAUUAACCAGCUUUCAUUCUGUCGAAACAUAAAGCCUGGAUCUAAAGCUUUGUAUUUCUGGUUUUCUGUACACAGUGGUCAACUGAGUCCAACAUAAAAGCUAACCAAUACUAAAAGUCAGCACUGUACCAAUCCUAGCUCACUCUAUCUAUGUGGUUAACAGUCCCGGCCAUGAAAAAUGGGUGAACGUGUUAGUCAUGGUGUUAUGUUCACCUAAUGUAUCUGGAAGCAAAUAGUCAUCAACGAACUCCAUCACGAACCAUGUUUUCUUUGGUCACCUCACAACCAAGCUGUGGGCAGGAUGUAGACAGCUUUGCCAUGUCUAGGAGCGUGACUACAGAGGGUUAAAAAUGGGACAGUGACGGUGACUGGACCUCUCCAGGUGUUUGCAAUUACUACACAGUGACAAUGUUGCAGAAUAACCGCAUUGUUUGCAGGAUUUGCAAUGGAAAUGUAGGUCCAGAGUACAGAAAAAGAUUUCCAACUCCUUAGCAUACAGCAGGUACCAGACUUUAAAUACCGGUGAGAAUUUGAUCGUUGCAAGUUAAUCAGCAUAUUCAACACUGUAAAUGUAACUCGCUCCUUCAUCCCUGCUGUGCUGGCACGUAAUUCACAUUAGGGACUCUCUAAUGCUCUCUUUCUGCGGCACGAACAACUCUUGCAAGUGACAAUUCAUACAGAGCCAGGUGUCAGUAGGAAUUAGCAGGAGCUCUGCUCUUCCCUAAUGGAGACUUUAAGCAGACUCAGCUCACAUUACUCAAAUCAGAAGACAAGAAUCACUCUGUGACAGUCAACUCCUAUCAAGUCAGUUUAGAUACACUCCCAGCCUGUCAAAGUAGGUUGUUUUCUAGGAUCAUCAGUCUGAUGAUGACAUCUACACUAUGUUUACAGUUGGUUUGCCCUGCUCUGGGCAUGCAGAACCUGAUGUGUUUAUUUAGUACUUAUGCAAAUUCAUACAACAUAAUAUGCAACGAGUUUAGUCAUGAAUUGGUGACAAUUAAUUACCAAAUCCAGCAGUCAGAAUAGAUGGAGAAAGUCAGAGCUACCACAGAGAGACAGGGUUUGCCCAAAGAAGAAGAGGCAGCACAGGCAAAAAGGGUAACAGAUCUACGAUGUCUGCUGCUGUGAUCCUUCAAAACCCACAAGUCCAUUUUGUAAUCUAAAUGAAACCCCCAAUAGCACACAAUUUCCAGGAGCGAUCCUUCAAGGCCUACAGACUUUUUCUAUACACUUUGCCAUGUUUUGUAGUCUCCACUCUUCAAGGUUUUCACAGAUCAACUAGACAAAACCAUAGCUGAUCUGAUCUAUAGUGGUGGUGAUAGUCCUCUGAAUGGGAGCUUGGACAAGACCAUUUCUAGGGUCCCCCCCAAACAACAUUUCUGUGAUUGUCUGUUCAGCGAGAAGCAGAGUAGUUCAGAAAAGACAGGAGUAGCAGGAGUUCAGGUCUAUACAUUAAUCCUCUUUGGUGAACCAAUAUCAUACACUCAGAAGAAUAUGCCCCAGUAGUGACUACAUUCACCAGAGCAGCAGUCUACAGACCCAUCCUGAAUCACAGACAAAUGGUUUGCUUUUCGAAAAUACCUCCUUAAUUGGAGAGACACCAGGGAGAACAGGAGGACAGAAGCGUUUUUCUCCCUCCAGGUACUUUGAACUGUUGUACUUCCCUUGCAGAGCUCUUGAGGACAGAGGACACAUCCUGACCACCACAAGGCAUGUUCUGUGACAUGUACGGCUGCCUGCAGAGGUCUGGGUGCAGACCACAGCGUAACCGCAUGUAGAUCAAAUGACAGCCAACACGAUAACCUCUUCCAAACCAUGACCUAUCUCAAACCUAACAAACAUCCCAAGAUUAAAGCUGUUAUAUCCUGUCACUAAUCCCUUCAGCUAUAUAAGCCCCAAAUAAAGUAACUGCUGAAA